UGUGAUGCGAGUUUGAGCCGCAUCCAGACGCACUGGCCGCCGCUGGCUGAUGCCCCCCUCCCUCCAUCCCUCCAUCCCUCCCUCCAUCCUCCUCUCCUGCCUCCCCUCCCUCCUCAUCUUGGUGCUGUUGUGCGCAAAAUCUCCAACCCCGGACGGACGGACGCAGUUUGACGGCACAAACGAGCGGCACUGCGGGGAGAUAUCAGGAAAAAAAAAAACAGAAUUAAAACCCCACCAAACAGCAGAAAUGGGUGUUUAACCGGCAUUCGAUUCUCUUUUAAAAAGCUCUUUAUUUAUUUAUUUAUUUAUUUAUUUUUAACCUUGUGAUGUUGCUCUUGCCCCGGGGGUGUUGAUCAAACCUGCUCGAUGUCUCUCAUCAGUUUAUAACCGAAACAAAAUGAGGAUUUCUUCUCGCCUUUGGAUUCUGUUGAUGUUCUCGGGCUCAUGGGGACUGGCGAUGGGUGCUUUCCCGAGCAGCGUUCAGAUCGGUGGUCUGUUCAUCAGAAACACCGAUCAGGAGUACACCGCCUUUCGAUUGGCGAUCUUCCUGCACAACACCAGUCCGAACGCGUCGGAAGCUCCGUUCAACCUGGUUCCCCAUGUGGACAACAUCGAGACGGCCAACAGUUUUGCUGUCACCAACGCCUUUUGCUCCCAGUACUCCCGCGGUGUGUUCGCCAUCUUCGGCCUGUACGACAAGCGUUCGGUCCACACGUUGACGUCCUUCUGCAGCGCCCUGCACAUCUCCCUCAUCACGCCCAGCUUCCCCACCGAGGGUGAGAGCCAGUUCACUCUGCAGCUCCGGCCAUCCAUCCGGGGGGCGCUGCUGUCCCUCCUGGACCACUACGACUGGAACAAGUUUGUCUUCCUGUACGACACCGACCGGGGAUAUGCCAUCCUGCAGGCCAUCAUGGAGAAAGCAGGACAAAACAACUGGCAGGUCAGCGCCAUCUGCGUGGAAAACUUCAACGAUGCCAACUACCGGAGACUUCUGGAGGAUCUGGACCGGAGACAGGAGAAGAAGUUUGUCAUCGACCUGGAGGCCGAGAGACUGCAGAACAUGCUAGAACAGAUUGUCAGUGUUGGGAAACACGUGAAGGGCUACCAUUACAUCAUGGCCAAUCUGGGCUUUAAGGACAUCAACCUAGAGCGCUUCAUGCAUGGUGGAGCCAACGUGACGGGCUUCCAGCUGGUCGACUUCAGCAACCCCAUGGUCAUCAAACUGAUGCAGCGCUGGAAUAAGCUGGACCAGAGGGAAUACCCGGGCUCGGAUGCUCCGCCCAAGUACACCUCGGCACUGACAUACGACGGGGUGAUGGUGAUGGCCGAGGCUUUCAGGAACCUGCGCAGGCAGAAGGUGGACAUUUCCAGACGGGGCAACGCUGGUGACUGCCUCGCCAACCCUGCCGCGCCGUGGAACCAGGGCAUCGACAUGGAGCGCACUCUCAAACAGGUCCGGCUGCAAGGACUAACAGGUAAUGUCCAGUUUGACCACUAUGGCCGCAGGGUCAACUACACUAUGGACGUGUUUGAGCUGAAGAAUAAUGGACCCAGAAGGAUCGGCUACUGGAACGAUGCGGACAAACUCGUACUGAUCCAGGACUCUCCACUGCUUCCAAACGACACCUCUGGCAUGGAAAACCGCACCGUUAUUGUUACAACCAUCAUGGAGGGUCCCUAUGUGAUGCUAAAGAAGAACUGGGAGAUGUACGAGGGGAACGACCAGUAUGAGGGUUACUGCGUGGACCUGGCCUCGGAGAUCGCUAAACACAUCGGAAUCAAGUACAAGAUCUCCAUCGUCCCCGAUGGAAAGUACGGAGCCAGGGACCCAGAGACAAAGAUCUGGAAUGGCAUGGUCGGGGAGCUGGUGUACGGGAAAGCGGAAAUCGCUGUGGCCCCAUUGACAAUCACUUUGGUCCGGGAGGAGGUGAUCGACUUUUCCAAACCCUUCAUGUCGUUGGGUAUCUCCAUCAUGAUUAAGAAGCCUCAGAAGUCGAAGCCCGGAGUGUUCUCCUUCCUGGACCCAUUGGCCUACGAGAUCUGGAUGUGCAUCGUGUUCGCCUACAUUGGCGUGAGCGUGGUGCUCUUCCUGGUCAGCCGCUUCAGCCCGUACGAAUGGCACACCGAGGAGCCCGAGGAGGGCACCGACGGUCCGCCGAGCGACCAGCCCCCCAACGAGUUUGGCAUCUUUAACUCGCUCUGGUUCUCCCUGGGAGCCUUCAUGCAGCAGGGCUGCGACAUCUCCCCCAGAUCCUUAUCGGGACGAAUUGUUGGAGGAGUGUGGUGGUUCUUCACCCUCAUCAUCAUCUCGUCCUACACGGCCAACCUGGCUGCCUUCCUGACUGUGGAGAGGAUGGUUUCGCCCAUCGAGAGCGCCGAGGAUCUGGCCAAGCAGACCGACAUCGCCUACGGCACUUUGGACUCUGGCUCCACCAAGGAGUUCUUCAGGCGGUCCAAGAUCGCCGUCUACGAGAAGAUGUGGGGAUACAUGAAGUCCGCCGAGCCCACAGUGUUCACCAAGACCACUGCUGAAGGGGUGGCGCGGGUCCGCAAGUCCAAGGGGAAAUAUGCCUUCCUGCUGGAGUCUACCAUGAACGAGUACACAGAGCAGCGCAAACCCUGCGACACAAUGAAAGUCGGAGGCAACUUGGACUCCAAAGGCUACGGUGUAGCCACACCCAAGGGUUCACAGUUAAGAAGUGCAGUUAACCUGGCAGUGUUAAAACUCAAUGAACAAGGCCUGUUGGACAAAUUGAAAAACAAGUGGUGGUACGACAAAGGAGAGUGUGGCAGCGGAGGCGGUGGCGAGAAGGACAAGUCAUCCCAGGCCCUGAGCCUGAGCAAUGUGGCGGGGGUCUUCUACAUCCUCGUCGGCGGCCUGGGUCUCGCCAUGCUGGUGGCCCUCAUCGAAUUCUGCUACAAGUCACGCAACGAGGCCAAGAGAAUGAAGCUAACAUUCACAGAAGCCAUGAGGAACAAGGCCCGUCUGUCCAUCACAGGCAGCGUUGGGGAGAACGGACGAGUGCUGACACCCGACUGUCCCAAGGCCGUCCACACUGGGCCUCCCAUCCGCCAGAGCUCUGGCCUGGCCCUGGUCUCCUCUGAGCUUCCUUGAAAACCAAAAACCUCUCAAGUGCCUUAUUGCAAUAAUGAGAAAAAGACAGUGAGGACACCGCCCACAACCAGAAACAAACCGUCAAGAAACAGGAUUCUCACAGCCAACAGGUCUCCUCAGUGGGCACCAGAGGAGUUAACAACAAGCACCCCACUGUUGGAGGUUCGAGGGAUUGUUACAGCUUGAAAAUGUCUCUUCAAAAUUUGAGGGAACUAGAGGCAGAACAGUUGGUUUUAUUGUUAUAAACUGUAUGGCCAUGUGAAAGAGUAUGUUCAUGAGAAUCGGCUGGAGCAAUUCUACCGUUACCUGUGAGAGGAGAGGAACAGGAGGAGGCAACAUUGAAUAAUAUCACAAGAUACGAUAAAGAGGAAGACCAGAAAACUGUCAACUGGAAACUGUGAAUCUUUUUUCCGUUGGAGAGCUGUGAAUUGGCAAAAACUGAACCACAAUCAAGAUUGUUCUCAGACUGGACCGUAUUCUCCGGACACAAGCAGCAAUCGGAAAACAAUUGUGCCAGAUAUCAACAAGUGACACUGGGAGGGGUUGUGGCCCGAUGCCAUAGCAACACCAUGAAAAAUAUUUGUAUUCAUGACAAUUUAAUCUACUGAUACUGGUUAUAUGAGCAAAUAGAGAAAACUGUGAAAAUGAGUAAAUAUGUAUAUUCCACAAAGAACAAAAAGAAAUCUUUAGCUGUACAUAGCGACGACUGUGCUUGCUUUUUAAACAGAUGUACAUAGGAGAUAUUGUAGUGAACAAAAACUUCUUUUUUGUAAAUCAUCUUUAAAAAGUCUAUCCAUCGCAAUAAUGACAAGGGUAGCGUCUCUUGAAGGAAGAGACUUCUGGGAAGUAGGGUUAAUUUGUAUUGAAUUCUUUAUUAUACAUAUGUAUAUAUACAUAUGUAUGUGUAUGUGUGUGUGUGUAUAUAUAUAUAUAUGUAUAUACAUACAUACACACAUAUAUAGGAACAUUCAAAAUGUUAAUGUGAAGUAGCCUGGCCAGCCAUUCUCACUUUUUUACUCUUCGAUAAGAGGAAUUCGUCUGAUUCGACUUUGAUUUCCAGGGACCACCAACUGGCUCCAAAGAAACCUUUGAAGCCUCUGGAUGAUUUUGGACCAAGGCACAAUGUCCCAUUCUCAAGGUCGAGUCCAAUGCGGUAGUUCCUCAAAUGACCACUGGGGGGCUCGAUUUCCCCUCCAUAACCAGUGUGUGGGGAGUGAAUCUGUAUGUUCCUAUCAACGAUUGACGUCUGGCUGUCGUCACUUAAAGUUACUUAGCGAUUACCACUGUCUUGACUGGGCCCACAGUUGUCCUCAGUUCAAAGAUAAUAUAUCUUGUGGUGAUGAUAAUUUUACAAAUUUCUGCUGUUAAUUUCACACAUGACGGAGGGUGUGUCCAACAUUGUUGUCGUGGCCUCGGUUCAUCUGUGCUUUCCAUAGGUCUGCCAACUCUCAUUUUAAGGUGCAUCCUGUUUAUUAAAAGCAAAAAAUGGGUGAAUUUGAUGGAUGAAUGAUGAUGAGUUUUUCCGCCAUUGUCCUCCAUGUACAAAUUCCUUGGCUUGGCUCUAGCUCCGAAGCCACGAGUUUAUUGACUGACACAUGCUUCAAGCGAGUAAAGUUGAAAUUC